AGGCCUGCCGGGACGGCGGGAGUUUCCGGUCUGGCGGUGGCGGGAGCGGUUUGAAGCUGUGCUUGUCGGCGGAAUAUGUCUCAGGAACGCGCGGCCCCGGCGAGCGCGGCUCCCCUGGAGGAGUUAAGCGGCUGGACCGAGGAGCUCUGCCGCCGGGAACUGCCGUCCGUGCUGCCCCGGCUCCUUUCUAUGUAUCAGCAUUCCGACAGUUGGAUCGAGCAUAUUCAAAUUCUGAAGAUUAUUGUGGAAAUGUUUUUACCUCAUAUGGACCACCUGACGCUGGAACAGACUUUCUUCUCACAAGUGCUGCCAAAGACUGUGAAAUUAUUUGAUGACAUGAUGUACGAGUUAACCAGUCAAGCCAAAGGACUGUCAAGCCAUAAUUUAGAAAUCCAGACCACUCUAAGGAAUAUUUUACAAACAAUGGUGCAGCUCCUAGCAGCUCUUACAGGAUGUGUUCAGCAUGUCUGUGCCACACAGGAAUCCAUCAUUCUAGAAAAUAUUCAUAGUCUUCCCUCCUCAGUCCUACAUGUAAUCAAAAGUACAUUUGUACAUUGUAAGGCUAGUGAAUCUAUCUAUUCUGGACAUUUACACCUAGUUUCAGACCUUCUCCAGGCUCUUUUCAAGGAGGCCUAUUCUCUUCAAAAGCAGCUAAUGGAACUAUUGGAUAUGGUAUGCAUGGAUCCUUUAAUAGAUGAAAAUGAUGAUGUUUUGAAUAUGGUAAUAGUUAUUCAUUCAUUGUUGGAUAUCUGCUCUGUUAUUUCCAGUAUGGACCAUGCGUUUCAUGCCAAUACUUGGAAAUUUAUAAUUAAGCAGAGCCUUAAGCACCAGUCAGUUAUAAAGAGUCAGCUGAAACACAGAGAUAUAAUCACCAGCUUGUGUGAGGACAUUCUUUUCUCCUUCCAUUCCUGUUUACAGUUAGCCGAGCAGAUAACACAGUCAGAUGCACAGGAUAAUGCUGAUUAUAGAUUAUUUCAGAAAACACUCAAAUUGUGUCGUUUCUUUGCUAACUCCCUUUUGCACUAUACUAAGGAAUUUCUUCCUUUACUUUCUGAUUCUUGCUGUACAUUGCACCAGCUUUAUCUUCAGAUACACAGCAAGUUUCCUCCCAGCCUAUAUGCUGCCCAGAUCUCUAAAGCACAACAGGAGGAAAUAGCAGGUACUUUCCUAGUUACACUGGAUCCACUCAUCAAUCAGCUUCUCACGUUCCAACCUUUUGUACAAGUGGUUUUGGACAGUAAAUUAGAGCUGCCGAGUGAACUACAGUUCCCACAAUGUCUUCUGCUGGUUGUCAUCAUGGAUAAGCUGCCCUCUCAGCCUGAGAAUGUGCAGGCCCUGUGGUGCACAGAAAGCCAGCUCACAGAAGCUACAACCAGGGUAUCUCUACUCAAAGCCAUUUUCUACAGUUUUGAGCAAUGUGCUGGUGAACUGUCUCUGCCUGUUCAUUUACAAGGAAUAAAGAGUAAAGGGCAAAUGGAAGUUGCUGUCACCUUGUAUGAGCAUGUUUGCGUACAUCUGUGUACAUUUAUUACUUCCUUUCAUCCUUCACUGUUUCCUGAACUGGAUGUUGCCCUAUUGAAUGCUGUGCUUAGUGCUAACAUGAUCACCUCUUUGUUAGCUAUGGAUGCGUGGUGCUUCCUUUCCCGAUAUGGGACUGCUGAACUCUGUGCCCACCAUGUCACCAUAGUGGCUCAGCUGGUAAAAUCCUGUGCUGGAGAAUGCUAUCAGCUUGCCAACCUAUCAGUACUGUUGAGGCGGCUCUUCUUCUUCAUGGCUCCAUCACAACAGGUAGAGUUUAUCCAGAAAUUUUCUCCCAAAGCAGCAGAAAAUCUGCCUCUGUGGCAGUGUAUUUCCCUGCAGGCAUUACCAACCGAGCUCAGGAAGCAAGCCGCAUGUGACAUCACCAGAGUCGGGAUUGCACAGUGUCAGGAGUGGCUAAGCAAUAGUCGGACUUUGGGAGAACUUGAAUCUCUGAACACACUGCUCUCUGCUUUGCUUGCUGUAUGUAAUUCUGCUAGUGAAGUUCUGGAUAUUGCACAGCAAACUGCAAUUAUGGAAAUUGGGAGUCAGCUUUGGGCUUUUUUAAACCCUAAACUGGUAACAGGUCAACCUUAUAUUCAGCAGACACUUAGUUUUUUGCUUCCACUGUUGGGAGUUUUCGUUCAAAAUCUAGAUCCUCAUCUGAUAAGUCAGGUAGUAACUUUACAGACCUCACUGCUUAAAUUAGAGCCUCCUGACCAUGUUUGUUUGGCAGUGCUUGAUUUUGUAUCUUCUCUAGGAAAAUUUUUUAUACCUCAAGCUUUUCAGGACAAAAUUCUGCCCAACUUGUCUUCUAUUUUUGACUUCCUGCUAGCUGACAGGAAUUGGAUAAUAGAACAACAUACCUUGGAGGCAUUUACUCAGUUUGCCGAGGGAACAAAUCAUGAAGAAAUAGUUCCACAAUGCCUCCGUUCUGAAGACACUAAGAACAAAGUAAUAUCCUUUCUGGAGAAGACUGGCUUUGUAGAGGAAACUGCAGCUGCCAGAGUGGAACGUGUGAAACAGGAAAAAGGCAUUUUCUGGAAACACUUGGCUAAAGUUCCUGUAGAAGAAGCAAAGUGGUCAUCUUUACAGCCUUAUUCAAAAAGAGCCCGUCAUGAGUUCCCCUUGGAAGAAGAGUAUAGGUCAGCAUUGCAAGCAGCAUCAGGGGCCCUGGAGGCAAUUGAGUCAUUACUCCAGAAGUCUCCUGCUCCAGAAUGGUUUCUAAUGAAAAUGGAGAUCCUCCAAGAAAGGAUCGAUGAGCUAAAACGACGUGUACUCUAGGGUGGCCCUUAAAUGGAUUGGACCAUGUUACUCAUAGAUAGAACUGGGUAUGAUUUUUAUCAUCCUACACUCUAUUUUGUAAAUGAAUAUAUUGAUGUAAGUAUGCAUUUUCUAACACAUAUAAAACAACUUUUGUAAAGUUGAAUCUAGUGAAAAUAGUCUUUAUUGGACAUUUAGAGAACAGGUGCGGGGGGUGAUAUUUCUCAAGAAGAACUUUGGUACAGUGUAAUACAUGUGGAGCAGUCAAGGACUGCCCAGGUACCCACAGGGCCAACAGAUAGUACAACUGUAAACAAAUAAAUAAGCUGCCUAAGGAAACCUUAGCGAUUUAAAAUCAUUUAUAUACUUUACAGCUAAAACUUUUUCAGUAAGUUGUAUUUCAUAAUAAAGCUUACUCUUCUGUUAAAGAAAUGGCACAAAAUUAAGCUAAUCAGCUUGAAUUUUUGUAUUUAUUUUCUUCUGGAAUUGUCCUGGAAAAAAGCAGUAAAUUCAACCUUUCCACAGCUACUUGCUCUUCACAGAAACUGGCCUUAGUCAGACGCACACGGGCUCCUCCUCCAAGAAGCCAGCGCGGAGACUCUUCACCGCCGGGGCGCUAGCCAGCACUCGACCACUCACACUUCGGUUGGCACAGAUGGGAGAAAUGGAUGCUUUUGGGUUUUCUUGUCUGCAGAGCCCGCUUUUGAGGUAUUAGUUUGAUUUUUUUUUUUUUUAAAGAAAUCCUUUUCCCUAAAGUUAUACCCGUUGUCACCAGUUAUUAUCUUCCCAGUUCAGCUCCCCUUCAUCUCCCCAGCCUUCAGACUCUCCCUGCAGCAAGAGAGAGCAAAUCAAGGGCAGGCUGCUGAGACAAAUCAUUUCUGGAUGUAAAGGGACCUAACACUUGCCAGAAGAGAGCCCCACGCUAAGUAAAAUAACUUACUCUAACAGGAAGCUGCAAAGUAGGAUUACUUUGGUUCCAGAGUUACAAAACCACAGCACUUGAAGUUAAUUUCCCAAGGGCCAUAUAUGUACAAUUAAAUUGAUUUGAUGACACCCUAUUCUUGGGUUUAACCCCUUUUAAUCAGUGGGUUCUAAGAGUAACCAGUGGCCCAUUAAACACUUAGUCUAAGCAUUGCUUUUUUCUGGGGAAGGAAAGAUAUCAUUUAUAGGAACUCAUUGCAUUCAUUUGUGCUUCACCCGUCACUGUAAGCAACUGUGUACAUCAGUCUCUUCCCUCACUGAGAAAACAGUAUGUCUGUUAUAAAUGAGACAGUGCAACUGGUACAUACCCCUUAAAUUAGCACGAUUUACUAAUCCUCACCUCAGUAAUCUCUGCUGCAGCAAAUUUUGAGGAGAACUGCAUCACUGUUGAGACGUCAUCCUUGUUGGAAACCAUCAUUUCUGUCCUCAGUUCAGGCAAAAUAAGAAUAGCAGCUGAAGGUUUAAUUUCUGGAAUCAUAUCAGCAAACCAGUCCAACUCUGGAUCUUGUACUGGCUUCUUUUUUACUUGGAUGGUAAAUUCCUCUCCUAAACCAAGUUCUGAUGGAGCCUUAAGGCGCCUUUCUUGUGAUGACAUGUUCGGUGGCUUGGUUUGGUCUGGGUUGUCCCUGCUUUGUGCAUGAUUAGUCUUUUGGGGUGGACUUGAUUUUAAAGGCCUGGACUCUUCAGUGAGUGAAAGCAAAGUAGGAAUGGCCUCCUGCUCCCCUGAGGUGCCCGGUCUAACAGCUGGGACUCCAUCUCUCGCACUUAUUUCAGUAUCUGUGCUGCUGGGUUCAUAGUCGUCCCAAGCCACCGCCUCCUCCAUGUUCAAGUUAGUGAGCGGGGAUGUGGAGGUCUUGUAGGCUUCUGUGGGACAGCUCUGGAUGCUGACAGUUUUGUUUUCAGGCUCCUCAGGCUCACUCCAAUCAGGCCACUCCUCAGACUUUUUAGAAUCUGGUGGGAAGUUCUCACCAUCUCCAGAGUUAUUUUUCACAUCUGAGACUCCAUUCAUGGGAAACUUAAUAGGUUGAGGAAAUUUAUCACCUGUGGGGAUAUGUACAGAAGUUAUGUUCAUAAAGUGUUAAGAGCAAGUAAUAUAUUUAGGAAAAGGUUAACACUUUAAAAAAAUGUAUGGCUUUAAUUUCAUAAAAAUAUCCAGGUUACUAAAUUGUACCUGCAAAAGAGAUAUCCCGGCAGAAUGUAACAAAUAUGUGAGGUAGGUUAUUCAGAUACUUUAACUAGAGCAUACAAUUCUUCACUAAAUAUUCAAGCGUAUUGUUUAUUGGUGUAUUAUCUAUAAACAAAUAUAGAAAUGUUCUAAGCCAGGCAGUGUUAACCCCAAAAAGUGUUGUGUGCUCAAAUAAGUUUGCCUUAAACCAACAUAGUAUCUCUUUUAUUUUUUUUAGAAGGGGGGGGGGGUGGCAGAAGAGAGAAAGAGAGAAUCUUAAGCAGGCUCCAUGCCCAGCACAGAGGGGCUUGAUCUCAAGACCCUGAGAUCAUGACCUGAGCUGAAAUCAAGAGUAAGAUGCUUAACCAACUGAGCCACCCAGGCAACCCUAACAUACCCUCAUUUUAAUCAGAUAUCCUUAAAUGUAGUCAAGGUCCUGGAAUCUUGCACAAUAAGUGUGUCAGGACUCUGCUACUAACAUCUCCCCAAACUUACUUAACCACACAACUCUCUUUUUCAUGGCAUACCUACUGCCAUCUAACAGAAUUAGCAUCCUCUGAUAUAGUUUGGAAAAUGUUGCACUAAAGCACCAGAAGUACCAAAAUAAUGUCAGCUAGCUCUCCUCACCAGUUAUGAAGAAAUGGUAGGUAUAUAACCUGUAGUCCAGGAAAAGCAGAUGACACCCCAGCUGACUACAGUUAUACAGAAAUCAGCCUCGUUAUUCCCAAACUGCCCUUAAUUUUUAAAAUUUAUAACUCUGUACUCAGGAAUAACAUUCAUGUAACAGUGGAAAAACUAUAUAAAUUGAAUAUUUCUACCUGUCUGUAAAAGAGUAUUGUAGCAAUCUCGCUGUAUCUGCUUCUUGCUGAUGGGCAUGCUGCCAGAAAAGAAACAUUUAGGGAACAUGCCAGAGGAGGGGUUCUCCAAGAUUGGCGCCGUCUGACUCUGCUGGCUACAGAAGACGUGCGGGGGAGAAUCUGAAGAUAAAUAAAAACUCCCAAAAAUAAAAAGGAUAGUAAAUAGCUUCUUGCUCUGUCAGGGUAAGUGAGUAACAGGGGAAAUGGGUAUAUUUAACACAGAUAAAGGAUAAGUUGCAGAGAGAAUCUUUAAAUAUCUGAAGAAACACACUCAUUACAGAAUGGCCUGCCUGUGUCCUCAAGGUGUUUCAGGGCAGGCUGAGGUCUACAUGAUGGUAAGGGACUUGAAACAGUUCAAGCAUUGGGUGAGCAGUUGGAUUAGAUAUAACCUUUAGAAUACCUAAUUAAAAAAGUUAACAGCCACUGAACAUUUUGUCAAUUUAAAAUAAUUGAUUCUACUUAAAAAAAAAAAAAAGUCUAAGAAUACAAGCACACCAAUGUGAAUGUACUUAAUGCCACAAAC